GGGAUACCUGCUGUUCACACCUCCUCUUCGCAUAUUAUUUUUCUUCUUCUUAGUAUUAGUGGUUGAGUUCUCUAUAUCUCUAUCUCUCUAUCUAGCUAUAUAUAUACACACACACGUACGCGGGCUCUAUCUGCUUUCCUCUUCACACAAACGCCCAUCUCUGUGCCUUUCUUCUUCUCUACUGCUUCCGUUUGAGCUCACCGAUACCCAUUUUUUCGCGUAGCUGGCCUUCUUCCGCCGUAUUUACCCUCCAACAGUCGCAAUAACCCCCUCCCCCCCCCUCCUCCUCCUCAAGAAAUCCCCAAAACAUGUUCCGCGGUGCUUCGCUCAAGGCGGCAGCGGCGGCCAUCACCGGCGUCUCGCGCAUGCACUACAGCUCCCUUCCCGAUCUCAAGUACCCGGCGGAGCUGCCAAAGCUGAACUUCGAUUGGAAGGACGGCAUUAAGCCCGUCUUCAGCCCCCGGCAGAUCGAGCUGCACUACACGAAGCACCACAAGGCCUACGUGGAUAAGCUGAACAGCAUCGGCAAGGGCUACGAGGGGAAGACGAUCGAGGACAUUGUGCAGGCCACGAACGGCCACGCCGACAAGAAGGUCGCCUUCAACCAGGCGGCGCAGCACUUCAACCACACCUUCCUGUGGAACUGCUGGACACCGAACGGGACGGCGGUGCCGAAGGAGCUGGAGGCUGCCAUCGCGAAGCAGUUCGGCAGCCUGGCGGACUUCAAGACCGCCUUUGAGCAGGCCGGCGCGGGCAACUUCGGUUCCGGCUGGACGUGGCUCUGUGUGAACCCCAAAACGAAGGAGCUGGAGAUCGACAACACGAGCAACGCCGGCUGCCCCAUCACGAACAACCUCCGCCCGAUCUUCACGGCAGACGUGUGGGAGCACGCCUACUACAAGGACUUCGAGAACCGACGCCCGGACUACUUGAAGGAGAUGUGGAAGGUGGUGAACUGGGAGUUCGUUGCGAAGAUGUACGCGCAGGCUUCCAAGUAG